CUGGGCCUCGCUGCCAUGGCCAUGCAGAUGCAGCUGGAGGCCAGCGCAGACACCUCAGCAGAGGAGGAGAGCUUUGGGCCACAGCUCAUAUCCAGGUUGGAGCAAUGUGGCAUAAAUGCCAAUGAUGUGAAGAAGCUGGAAGAAGCUGGGUUUCACACAGUGGAGGCCGUGGCUUAUGCGCCAAAGAAGGAGCUGCUGAACAUUAAAGGCAUCAGUGAAGCCAAAGCCGACAAAAUCUUGGCUGAGGCAGCCAAACUGGUUCCCAUGGGCUUCACCACGGCCACAGAAUUCCACCAGCGGCGGUCGGAGAUCAUCCAGAUCACCACUGGCUCCAAAGAGCUGGAUAAGCUGCUCCAAGGAGGAAUAGAAACAGGGUCCAUAACAGAAUUAUUUGGGGAAUUCCGUACUGGGAAGACGCAGCUGUGUCACACCCUGGCUGUCACCUGUCAGCUCCCCAUAGACCGUGGUGGCGGCGAGGGAAAGGCCAUGUACAUCGACACAGAGGGCACCUUCCGUCCAGAGCGGCUCCUGGCCGUGGCUGAAAGGUAUGGCCUGUCUGGCAGUGAUGUCCUCGACAAUGUGGCCUAUGCUCGGGGCUUUAACACCGACCACCAGACCCAGCUGCUGUACCAGGCCUCGGCCAUGAUGGCUGAGUCACGGUACGCGCUGCUGAUCGUGGACAGUGCCACGGCCCUGUACCGCACGGAUUACUCGGGAAGGGGCGAGCUCUCCGCCAGGCAGAUGCACCUGGCCAGGUUCCUGCGGAUGCUGCUGCGCCUGGCCGACGAGUUUGGCGUGGCCGUCGUCAUCACGAACCAGGUGGUGGCACAGGUAGAUGGAGCUGCCAUGUUUGCUGCAGAUCCCAAAAAGCCCAUCGGAGGCAAUAUCAUUGCUCAUGCUUCCACCACCAGGCUGUACCUGCGGAAAGGCCGAGGUGAGACCAGGAUCUGUAAAAUCUACGACUCUCCGUGCCUUCCCGAGGCCGAAGCCAUGUUUGCUAUCAAUGCCGACGGAGUGGGAGAUGCUAAAGAUUGAAAACUCCUUUUCUUCCCCUGAAUCCCAAGACUCUGUGUCUGUAAGAGGCUCCUUU